CUCAGCGGCAGCAGCACUAGCAGCCACAAACUUGGACAGAAAGCGACCCAGAGAGUGCGCGAGGGGUGUGUUUGGGUGUGCGUGCGUGCGUGUGUGCGAGUGUGUGUGUGUGUAUAUGUGUGCGUGUGUGAGCGAAAGGAAAGGAAAAUCAGGGAUGCAGCGCGCUCCCUGAAGCGCGCAGCCUGAGCAUGGCACUUUGUCGGAUUUACCCGUUCCUCAUUUUCCUCCUGCUUUUCUUUUCCUGCUUGGGACCGGGCCGAGGCUUGCGGAACUAUCCUGAUAAUGAAGUUACGUUACUGGACUCGAUGUCGGCUCUGGGGGACCUGGGAUGGGAGGCGUAUCCAGCCGAAGGGUGGGAGGAGAUCAGCGUGAUGGACGAACGCAACACGCCCAUGCGCUCAUACCAAGUGUGCAAUGUGAUGGAGGCCAACCAGAACAACUGGCUCCGCACUCGUCACAUUGCCCGCCAUGGCGCUCAGCGCAUCUACAUCGAGAUCAAGUUCACACUGCGUGACUGCAACAGCCUUCCCGGAGUCCCUGGAACUUGCAAAGAGACGUUCAACAUGUACUACCAUGAGUCCAACAACGAUAACUUGUGGUUCAUCAAGGAAAGCCAGUACGUCAAGAUUGACACAAUCGCCGCAGACGAAAGCUUCACACAGACCGAUGUUGGUGACCGUGUCAUGAAACUGAACACAGAGGUUCGGGAUAUCAGCAACUUGAGCAAAAAAGGUUUCUACUUGGCCUUUCAGGAUGUUGGUGCAUGUAUCGCUCUUGUCUCACUACGGGUUUUCUAUAAGAAGUGCCCGGCUGCCGUGCACAACCUGGCGCAUUUCCCUGAUACAGUGACAGGGGGCGACUCUGCACUUGUUGAGGUGCGUGGAUCGUGCGUUAACGACUCUGAGGAGUUUGAAUCACCGAAGAUGUACUGCAGUGCAGAUGGCGGGUGGCUGGUCCCGAUUGGGCGCUGCAUCUGCAAGCCAGGCUUCGAGGAGGGAAAGGACUACUGCCAACCUUGCAGACCAGGUACCUACAAGGCUUCGGCCAAAGACGCCUACUGCACCAAGUGUCCUCCACACAGCUACUCGCAGCAGGAGAAGGCAUCUGAGUGCACAUGUGAGAAGGGCUAUUAUCGCGCUGACAUGGACCCUCGAUCUAUGGCCUGCACUAGGCCUCCAUCAGCUCCAGAAAAUGGCAUCUCCACGCUAAAUGAUACAUCUGUUGUGCUGGAGUGGCGUCCUCCGAGAGACAGCGGCGGGCGCAGUGACCUUGCCUAUAACGUGCACUGCAGGAAGUGUGCACCAGACGGCAGGAAGUGCGGCCCGUGUGGAGGCGGCGUUCACUUCACGCCACGGCAGUUUGGCCUCGAUGCAAUGAAAGUGCUUGUGUCUGGCCUUCUUCCUAACACCGACUACGUGUUUAGUAUCGAGGCGAUCAAUGGUGUCUCUGAUCUGAGUCCGAGUCCGAAACAGCAGCUCACCAUCAACAUUACCACUGGCCAGACAGUGAGUGUGAUUCUGAAAGAGAGGAAGAGUAAAGAUAGCAUCACUCUGGCAUGGCAGGGACCGGACAGACCCAACGGAGUCAUCGUCGAAUAUGAAGUCAUCUAUUAUGAGAAGAACCAGCGGGAUCAGAACUACACGGUGCUGAAGACAAAAUCUAACAUGAUGACUGUUGAAGGCUUGAAACCUGGAACCACGUAUAUAUUCAGGGUUCGAGCUCGAACUGACGGAGGCUACGGCAGCUACAGCGGAGAGAUCGAGCUGGAGACCAGCCAGGAAGAUAUGCUGGCUAUCGGAGAUCCCAACCAGUCCACCAUCUUGGCGGUGUCGAUAGCAGGAGGCGUGGUGCUGCUAAUCUUCCUCAUCGCUUGCUUUGUAGUGAGCGGAAGACAUUGUGGCUACAUCAAAGCCAAGCAAGAUCCCGACGAGGAGAAGAUGCAGUUUCAGCACGGCAGAGUCAAAUUGCCAGGAAGCAGGACCUACAUUCAUCCACAUACCUACGAGGACCCAAAUCAAGCCAUUCGCGAUUUCGCUAAGGAAAUUGAUGCCUCCAGCAUCCGCAUAGAGAGAGUCAUUGGUGCCGGGGAAUUCGGCGAGGUGUGUAGCGGCCGCCUGAAGCUUCCAAGCAAGCGCGAGAUCUAUGUGGCCAUCAAGAGUCUGAAAGCAGGAUACACAGAGAAGCAGAGGCGUGAUUUCCUGAGCGAGGCGAGCAUCAUGGGGCAGUUCGAUCACCCAAACAUCAUCCGGCUGGAGGGGGUCGUCACCAAAUGCAAGCCGGUGAUGAUAAUAACCGAGUUCAUGGAGAACGGAUCCUUGGAUACUUUCUUAAAGAAACAUGACGGUCAGUUCACCAUAAUCCAGCUGGUAGGAAUGUUGCGCGGAAUCGCAUCUGGGAUGAAAUAUUUGUCAGAUAUGAAUUAUGUCCAUCGUGACCUGGCUGCACGAAACAUCCUGGUCAACAGCAACCUGGUGUGUAAAGUGUCGGACUUCGGCUUGUCCCGAGUUUUAGAAGACGACCCCGAAGCUGCUUAUACGACACGGGGUGGAAAAAUCCCCAUUCGAUGGACAGCACCGGAGGCCAUCGCGUACAGGAAGUUCACUUCAGCGAGUGACGUGUGGAGCUACGGGAUCGUCAUGUGGGAGGUGAUGUCGUAUGGAGAGCGGCCAUAUUGGGAGAUGUCCAAUCAAGAUGUGAUAAAAGCGAUCGAAGAGGGAUACCGCCUCCCCCCGCCAAUGGAUUGUCCAGUGUCUCUACACCAGCUGAUGCUGGACUGCUGGCAGAAAGAGCGAGCUGAGAGACCCAAGUUCAGCCAGAUUGUCAACAUGCUAGACAAGCUGAUCCGAAAUCCCAGUGCCCUGAAAGAGCUGGCCAACAGUUCCAUCUGGGAAGACCCGAUCACCCCGGAGUUCAGCGUCAACAGUGUGGAUGAGUGGCUGGAUGCCAUAAAAAUGGGCCAGUACAAGGAUAAUUUCACCUCUGCUGGAUAUGUCACAUUAGAUUCAGUCAUCUACAUCAGUGUAAGUGAGUUGAGUAAGAUGGGCGUGACCCUUGUUGGGCACCAGAAGAAGAUCCUUGCUAGUGUCCAGAGUCUGCAUGCCCAAGGGAGCCAUGUGCAAGUAUAACAGCUCUGGACAAACUGAUAGACAGAUAGAGGAGGCAAAAGAGUGGAAGUGUGGAACCCAGAACAGUGCUUCACCAUGCCAACCCCCAAUCCUGGAUAUCUGGCUGCAGCCCAAGAGCUCACAAUUUGUGCAGCGGAACCAGAGACUGAUUAGCAAUGGAAAAUUCAAACCAGACGGUUGAUGAUGGUCGAACACAAACUCUGAUGAUUUAAGAACAUUAUUGUGAGAUGUGUACAGUCAUUUGCAUUCUUGUUUCCUGUCAUUUGCUUCAUUUUUUUCCACAGUUUGAGUUUCAGAUGAAUAAAAAGGUGCCUGGGUGGAUUUGGACCUAAUGGUGAUGUGUUUAGAGAUGCAGUAUGGCCCUUGUAGUGCUGUAUUCUGAACAUGAUAGUGGACAGGAAGUGUGUUUUGCAGCCCUGGCUCACAAGAUGAUGUUUAUCGAGACAGGCCAUUUUUAAUGGUCUGUAGUAACAAUUGUAUGAGGCACUCUUUCGGGUUGGAUUCCCUAACUAUCGGCAAUAGAAGAUUAUGUUUCACCAGCGGAAGUAGGGCUAGCAGUCUUCUGAAAAUGUAAUGUAAUCCCAGUCUUUGUGUUUCAGAUUACGGCAUUAUGGUAUGAGGAGAAAUUGCAAUGAGUAGCUAAUUAAUGGUUAAGAUAAGAGAUGUCCUAUACUGCAAUAUCCGGUAGAUAAUGUCAGGGUUUUUUUUUUUUGUCAGUACAAAAUUAGUCAUAUGGUGGGCUAGUGUUUGAUAGUUAAUGCUAGUCAUGGUUAUGCCCCAUUUGUUGUGAGAAUGUUUUUGUGUGUAGACCGAUAAACAGACUUAUUUUCGGUUGGUUUUCAUUUCAUGAUUACAGAAAAGCAGAACAUGCCCAUUUGAGUAUGUAGAGCACCCUGGUACACAUGCUAUACACGGUGUCUUUGAGAACUUUAAAGGAAUUCUUUAUCUAAAAACAGCAAUCUAAAAGAGAGAAGGUGGCCAAGUAUUCCUUUAAAGUUUUAAAGCAAAUUAGUCUACACUAUUCACUUCAUAGCUAACUUGGGUGCACUGAAUUCCGAUGAAUAUAGUAAUUAACGUACUCCUGAGUAUAUCAAGAUGUUUCGCAUAGCGCAAAAAUGCAUGGGAGCAUUAUUUCUGUUUAGAAUUUUGAGGAACACAUUAUAUAUAUAUAUAUAUACAGAGAUUCUUCCCAGGUAGCAAAAUGAUGGAUGGGUUGUGUCAGUGUUGGGCCAACAUUGGCAUGGUGGAUUCAAAUUUGGCUGUAACUUGUCCCAUGUCGUGCAAUGUUAGCCCAAUGGACUGAAAAUUCUGUUGGGGCAAUGUUGGGAAGUUGGUUUCAAAGGGGGCCAAAAACUGGUCCUGGUGGCCCAAUGAACAAAAUUAUGCUGAGGCAAAAUUGGCAAGGCAGCUAAAAGUCUGUCAAUUCUGGUCUCCAAAUGCUAGCCCAGUGUAUUUUGCAACCAAACACUGGACAAGCACCAAAGUCAACUGACAAAGUCAGUUUGCUACCUUGGUGAGCUAUGAGCAUCAAUAAUAAACACCAUGUUUUUCACCAUAUGUUUGUUUACAGCAGAACAAGAAACGCAACUUACACUCUUGUAAAAUAGUGUAUAAAGGUGUACAGUGUCGAAUUCAAAUGAGUGAAGAAAAAGCUGUAGAAUGUUUGUAAUGUACUUUAUUUCAUUUUCUGAAGAAGAAAAAGAAGAUGCGAGAUGUAUAUCGUUCGGUGGAGCUCGCCGCCGUGGGAUAUAACAGAACUCUGGAAUGUAGCAUGGAUGCUAAAGCUUCAUCUUUUCUAAGCAAGUGACAGUGACUGCGGUUCUUUUUUCACUCCAAUGGUGGCUGUAGCUGCUUGACGUUAGAUGCCUUACUAACUGUGCUGUUUCUUUCUCUUCUUCCUGGUAGAGGCAGUAUCAUGAUGAGAUAUAUUGUACAUAGUAUUUAUCAUAACAACGCCACUGAAAGCUAUAGUGAAUGUCGGCGCAACGCGUCCAGCUUUGUGUUAAUUCACCUUUCAGAGGUUGAACCUUCUUUCAUUCACAGUAUUCAAGCUUGUGUUGGUGCAUGUAACUUUGGGGAAAGAUUGAUCACGAACCUGUUCAUGCUGAUUUUGCUGCAUUUACAACACUAUUUUUGUAAAAGUUCUGUAAAGUAUCAGUCUCAUUUAUGCAAACGUUAAACGUAUGAUCUUGGUAGGUUCUUACUAGCAACCCCUUGUCUUUUAAACCAUAGGCUUUACUAUGGAACCCAACUGAUGACAUUCCUACUUAUUACUUAGUCAUGACUUUUUAACAUGUAGUUGAGUUAGUAGUUAAUAGAGGACAUGCAAGGAAACAAGAUGAUUACAUAAUGGGAUUUAAUUAGGAACACAAGUGCGCUCUAUCAAGUUACUAACUUGUGGCCAUGACUGAAUUAUGUUGUUCCCUCACAUUACUAAGUGUAAGGAACAAUAUAAUUGAAUUAUGGUCAUAAUGUGAUGGAGCAAGAUACGGCCACAACUAAGAACUUGAGAAAAUGAGAUACUUAAGUUGUGGAUGUGACUUAAUCAUGUGAGGAAACCACACAUGGCCACAACUUAGUAACUUGAGAUCAUUAAAUUGUGGUCAUAAUUUGGAAAUACGAUGGAACAAGAUAAUUAAGUCAUGGCCACAACUUAGUUACUUGAGCAAACAAGAUAAUUAAGUUGUGAUCAUAACUUAUUAAUGCGAGGGAUCAAGAUACUUAAGUCAUGGCCAGAACUUAGUAACCUGAGGAAACAAGAUAAUUAAGUUGUGGAUAUGACUUAUUAAUGUUGAGGGAACAAGAUACUUAAGUCAUGACCAAAACUUAGUACCUUGAGGAAACGAGAUAAUUAAGUUGUGGUCAUAAUUUACUAAUGUGAUGAUAGGAGAUAAUUCAUUUAUGGCUAUGAUUUAGUUAUGUGAGGGAAAUGAGAUAAUUAAGCAGUGGCCAUGAUGUAGUAACGCAAGUAAACAAGUUAUGGCCAUGAAAAGUAAUGUAAGAGAACGAGAUAAUUAAGUUGCAGCCAUGGCUUAAUGCAAAAGAACAAGAUAAUUAAGUCAUGGCCACAACUUGGUAAACUGAAGAAAGAAGUUAAGCAAGUUAUGCUAUUGACUGUAGUAACUUGAGGGAAGUUGAUAAUUAAUUUAGAUAUGCGAGGGAAUGAGAUAAUUAAGUUAUGGUCAUGACUUAUUAACUCAAGGGAAUGAGAUAAUUAAGUUCGUAAGAUAAGGGAACAAGAUAAUUAAGUCUUAGAUACAAAUUAGUAACAAAAAAGGAACAAAAUAAUUAAGUCAUGAAAACUAUUUAGUAAAACAAGAGAACAAGAUAAUUAGAUAGUGAACAUGAUUUAGUAACAUGAGGGAAUUGGAUAAAUAAGUCAUGGCCUUGAUGGCCUUGAACACAAAGGAAUAUAAAAAUGAAAUGAUAUAAUAGACAAAACAAUGAAAGUUCUAUAAAUUACGAUAACUAGCUGAAAUAGAUGAUAAUAUAAACCAUAAGCUCGCUAUUGGUCUUUAAGACGAAAUCGGUUAACUAUGACAGUUCAGAAAAUUCCGCGAGGCAAAAUAAAGUCUUCAUUAAAGAUCUGUCUUCAAAUUGGAAUUUUAAUAUGAUUUCAUAUUUCAGUACAAUACCUCUUUAAUACGGGGCCACAAUUAAAUGAUCUCCUUCCCUCAAGUUAGUAAGUCAUGGCCAUGCAUAAUUUUUUUUUUUUUUUUAAAUCUUUUUUAAGUGGGAAUGUCACCAGUGAGGCUCUUUACAGUACAAAUAUUCCCCCAGUGACAUUUUCCAUUUCUUGCUAAUGGUGUAGUUAUUCCUUAUUUGGUGUAUUGUAAUUAAAUAGAAAAGCAUAUUGCCCAUACAUAAUUUAGAUACAAAGCAUCAUCUGUAUCACACAGUGCAAUUUGUUUGAAAUAAUUCCAUGUUUAAUCUGAGUCUAAGUGCUCAUUAAGAAAUCUGAUUGUUAAUGGUCGGUGUAUUUUGGAAGAGAAUUUCACAUAAAACAACAGAAUUCAUGUAAGCUCCUAAGGGAAACUGAGUUGAUAAUAUAUCCAGUUUCAUUAUUUAUUUGAGGUAUAAAUGACCAGUGACCAUUUUUUAUUGAUACUUUUUUAAUCUUAAUGACUUUGUUUUGUUUAAUUUUUUAAUGUUUUUUUUUUUUACCUGAAUUUUCUUUUCUUUUCUUUAUUUUAUUUUAUCUUAAUGGUUUUUUUUACCUAUAUUUUAUUUUAUUUUUUUUUUAUCUUAAUGUUUUUUACCUAUAUUUUAUUUAUUUUUUUAUUUUAUCUUAAUGUUUUUUUCAUGUAUUUUAUUUUUUCACUUAUAUAUAAACACACAGCAUAAGCAUCAUCCGUUCCAGCUCAAGCGCUCUUAAUGACACUUAUUUACUGACUGCAAGCGACACAGCAAGACACAAACUGCAAUAGUCAUUUAAAAAAAAAACAUUUCUGUCAUUUGUUUAUAUUUUAAUCUCCGCGGCAGAGUUUCGACUGCUUUGGAUUCUCUGUAUUAAGUCUAUUCGAGGAGACAGGCAGUGUGGUGGAUUAAGAUUAACUGGCCAUGGGAUAUAUUUUGGGAUGUACCACGAAACAAAAGAAAGAUGACAAUGAUAUUGCAGCUUGUGUUUCUGUCCUAUGAUCCCAAUGAUGGAAAAAGUGUCCAAAGAUGUUCACACUAGCAACAUGUGACCCCCAGAGUGGAAUCCAAGUAAAGAUUUAGACAGUUCUCUUGAUAUUUUUGACCACUCCUAUGGCACGUGUGGUCCGAGGUUUCUUCAGUUCCCCAUUUACAGUGAAAUCUUUAAUAAAAACAAAUUAUCCUGUUGUUUACGGUCUCUCAAUAAAAGUCUAGAGAAACAUUACAAAAAAAACGAAAAUUGGAGAUCGUUGACGUCUCCGGCUAGCUAGUACAGAUUUCUAAUACAGAUUUGCUAAUCAACCAAUUUUCACACCAAUUAUUGUAUUAUUUAGUUUGUAGACUGUACAUUUUGGCUACCAGCGCUAAAUAAUAAUAAUAAAAAAAGCCGGACAGGCCGCACCCGUUAACAUCAAAAAUAGCUACACAUGUGCCACAAGAGACAAACUAUAGGGUAGAUUUGUCCACUUCUUUCUAGAGUUUCAGCAGCAUUGGAAAUAUCACCGGUAGUUUUUGUUGCAAAAACAUUUGCAAAUGAAGCAUUCUUUGAAACUUGGCAGCCAUGCUCUUUUUUUUAUUAUUAAUGUAAAUCUUAUUUUGAUUAUAUUUACUAAGUUGUUUGUGUCCAAAUAUGUGAAAUAUGUGUGGAGGGGUGGGUAGGGUGAGGUAGGGUGGGUAGGUCUUUCAAUUGCAAAGUAGCUACAGUAUAAACUAAAAGUGGGUGGGGCCAAAUGAUCCGAAAAAGCAUGUUUGUGUGUUUUAAAGCAAGGAACGUGAACCAAGUAAGGAACGUGACAUGAACCUACAGCUUAAAAAAUUCGAAAACUUCAAGGACUAACAAACAAAAAGAAGGGUCUGAAAUGAAUGUUUGUUUAAAGCAUAUUUGUUGCAAGAUUAUAACAAUGGUAAUUGUGAUGUAGCUAGGAUAAUGAUGUUUUGCAAACACGAAGUGACUCUAAUGCAGGAUGUGUACAUUUCUUUGACUCCUUAUUACUAGUUAUUUCUAAGAAGUCAUCUACUUCAACCGUGCCCGAUGUCUUUUAGUCACUGCAGGUUUCUCUUCAGCCCACUGCAAGAGUGUACACUUUUCAUGUUGCUGUAAUAAACAUGCGAAUAAUUUUUAUUUCUCAA